CAUUCAUUCCCUUCUCCCUUUCCCCAAAACCCUAACCCUAGUGUCUCGUUAUAUAGCCAACGUGAUGGCCCGGAAGAAGGUGUCUCCGGCGACGGCGAUGGCGGCGGUGGAGAAGGAGUUGUCACAUCCACCACCGCCUUCGGGCCGAGACGUCUCGCCGGACAAGAUGGAGAGCCUCAAGUUCCUCAACCACCUCCUCGUCAAGGAGACGAUGGAGCGGCGGCAGCAAGUGGACCACCUCCAGUCCCGCCUCGACGGCCUCGCUGACGACCACGCCUUCCUCGCCGGCGUCGAAUGCGACGUCAGCCGCCUCGUCCUCUCCUCCGUCCUCGCGGAUCGGGAGCUCGCGGCGGGGCAGGUGGAGGUGGACCUCCGGUCCCUGCAAGCGAGGGUGCACUCCAUGGCGGAAGAGCUGAGGAGCGGCGGCAAGAGGUUGGAGAUGGCGGUCGGAGAGAAGAAUGAGGUCAGGAAGGCUCUUGAUUGUGCCCUCUUAGAGAAAGAUUCGAGCUUGAUACAUUUUGACCGGAAGGAGAAGGAGGUGAGGGAUCUGGAAGCCAAAGUCCAAAGGCUGGAGCUUGGCAUCGCUGAGAUCGGAGCAAAUGUCGGGAAAUUAGAGCUGGAGCGCAAUGAACUUGUGGAAGAGGGGAAGAAGAGGGAAGAAGUCAUCCAUUCUCUUCUCCAGGAGAAGGCUUCCAUGGAAGCCAGCCUCAAAGAAUACCAGCAAUUGGUGGAGAGUAGUGAGAGGAGGAUGGAAGAAGUGAUCAAGAUUAAGCAAGAAGAGGUGGAGUUGGUAAAGGCCGAGAGGGAAGUGAUUGCUGUGAAGGUAACAGGUUUGGGAGCAGAGCGUCAGAGCCUGGUCGAGAACAACCAAAGAUUGGAAGCUGAAGUUGAUGGUUUGAAGGCUGCCAUUAAUUUGAUGAAGAAGGAAGAGGAAGGGCUGCGCAAUGAGAUUGCCGAGAUGGAAAAGGGGAAUGCGAAGGUCAUAGAGGAGCUGCGGUCUGAAAUUGUCAAGAAGGAGGCUGUUGUCGCAAAGGUAUCGACUUUGGAACCAGAUCUCCGGUGCCUUUCUGAGAACAAUCAUCGGCUGGAAGCUGAGGUUAAUAGCUCUAAGUCGGCUAUCGAAUUGCUGAAGAAGGAAGAGAAAGGGCUGCGGUUUAAAGUUGCGGAGAUGGAGAAGAGGAAUGAAAAGGUUACAGAGGAGCUUGAGAGGCUUCAAGCAGAGUUGGGUGCUAUGGAGAGGGAGAAGGAAGGCAUGCUCCUCAACUAUGAGGAACGGAUGAUGUCGUCUGAGAAGGAGUUGGAUAGUUUGAGGACGACGAUGGGGGAGAUUGAAAGGGAGAAGGAUGCAAUUGAGGGAGUGAAGGCUAUGCAGGAGUCUGAAAUUAAUGAUGUACAGAAAGAGUUGCAAAAGCUCCGAUCAACCAUUUCCAAGCUGCAAGUUUCGUGCAGCAAGCACACCAGCACAAAUACCCAAUUGCUAGCUGAGAGGGACUCUGCUCGGAGAGACCUCGAUCUUCAGAAGGUGGAAGAGGAUUGCCUGAGAGUGCAAAUUGAGGAGCUAAAGAAGAGGAAUAAUGAGGUUGAAGAAGACAUGCAGCAGCUUCAGAGAGCACUCAGUGACUUUGCUCUGAAGGAGGAGAGAUGGAAGGUGGAAUCUGAUGCCCUGAAGGAUGAAAACACUUCGUUCGAGAAGAAACUGAUAACUACUCGGGAGAGUCUUGAGGACAUGGAGAGAAAGAUCAAAGCUGUGGAUAUGAACUCGAAAAGGGUUCUAUGCCUUCUGAAGAGUACCACAGAGAUGAUGCAUGGAUCAGUUGAAGUCAAAGAGAAUGGCGUUGUUCGGGACAUUGGGAUCAAGGAAGAGAAGGAUGAGGAAAUGCAACCGUUUGUGAAGGAGUUGGAGACCAUCAAGAUGGCUUACAAGAGCAGGGUGGGGAAGAUUGAGGACAUGAACAGGGAGCUUGUGGUUUUGCAGCAUGCGGUGGCCGAGGCUCAGAAGGGAGGAAUGUGGAAAUGGCUGUAUCCUGCUAUAACCACUGUUUUUGCUGCCAUCUCCUUUGCCUAUGCUGCCAAGGGGUGUUAACUUUUUAUCAGUUCCAAGGUCUUGCAGUUUGGGAGCCACGCUUUCAUUUGUAUGUUUCGUUGAAGAAGGUGACAUUAAAACUUUUGAGUUGCUUUGUUUUGGUGAUCAUCACUCUAAUGUAAAACCCUAUGCUUUGAUCUGCAAGGACCUGGAUUUCUAU